CAUAAGACUAAUUUUACUAAUGAUGUUACCUGAAGACGUAUUACAGCCUAGAAACGGAAUACGACGUAGACAAUACUACAAUGAAAGCGAUACGGUGGACUUGAAACGGACGCAGCGCCGUCUCAUCUCAUUGAGAGGCGGUACGAAGCUUCUCGUACCAGAUGUUCAACACAAGAUAGAACUCCUUCAGAGUGAAGGACAUAAUCCGGAAAGGAUAGACGCUUUUUUGAAGUUCUUCCAACGAGCUCUACCUCACGUUAUUUCGUUUUCUCGAUUCAUCUAUUCAUCGAAGUGGAAAGCGGCGAAAUGGGUGAAGUGGUUUUUCAGACAUAUUGCACAAUACACAGACAUUGAGAAUGUUGAGAAGCUUACUAUAGAAAACGAGGAGCACGUGGAAGCGUUGACCGAAUUCUAUAACUCGAAAGAAAGAGUAAACGAUCAAGCUGUAGGAGAAAUUAUGGAUGUAUUCCAAGCAGUAGUGGAGAAUAAUACUUUUAAAUGGAAAUCACUAAACUACCGAUAUCAAGGGAGAACUAUAUAUAUCAAAGAUGCCUCUGAGUAUUCCCUAUAUAUUUAUUGCGAACGCAGAGCGCUACAUAUUGCGUGUCUUAGCCUGGGGGAGAGCUUCUGCCCAAAGUCGUCUAACUGGAAUUGGGAUACCUCAGGAAUGCCCAGCGCAGCGACUCUGCGACGAGCCGAUAGCAAAACCGGAGAAUCGCAGUACUUUUCGCUAGUGUUAGAGGAGACAUCGUAUGAGAAAGGCCGAUAUGAAAUCAAACUGAGGGAACCGCUGAAGGAUAUCAGUGCUGAGGAGUCCGUUCAGGUGCAAUAUGGAGUUGUAAUAAAGGUUAAGUGGAAGAAGCCCACCGACGAUGUUUGCAGGUAUUACCAAAGAUGCUACGAAUUUGCCAGUCAGAAGUACAGCUUGCGCAAGCUGAAAACGUUCGUAACGCAGUUCAUCGAAAGUCAUAAAGGGGGCGAUUCCUCGUCAUCGGAUUUUUCCAACGAUGAUGAGCCUAACGAGGCCAACCAACUGAAAAGCCGCCAAAAGAAGACGAAAGGUUCUGAUAUACAUUCCGUCAAAAAUGGAAAAGACAUUGAUUCUGGCGAUGGUAAUCCUAGCGAUACCGAUGUCGAUGGAUCGAGCGCUCUUACUAGCUCUAAGAAACGAAAGACAAAACCAUCUGUGACACAGUUCGUUAAAAAAAAGCGUAAAGGCGACGAGUUACCAUUCUAUGAUCAGCCAGAUUCUGCUUGUUUCGAUGCUGAUUAUCCUUAUAGUACUGAUAACAUCGAGAGCACAGAGAAGUCUGACGUCUCAACCCAGACGAAUCCUUAACUGGGGAUGCUAGCUUGUCCUUCGAUGUUUGAAUAAAAAUUAUUCUAUUUAGGCUGA